AUGGAAAGGAUGGUGGGCUGCGACUUGCUGUGGGUGGCUGUGGCUUCCUGCAUUCUGACACUGGCAUUUCCAUCUACAAUACAGCAAGGUUAUGGAAGCCCUAGAAACAGCAGCUCUGAAGGGCUGGACCUAGACUGUGGAUCCCCUGGCACUCCAGAGGCUGGUGUCUGUUUGGACCCCUGCCAGAAUUACACUGUCCUGGACGACCCCUCCAGAAGCACAGAGAACACUGAGCAAGCAGAGGGGUGUGACGAUAAUUUGCAAGGCUGGUACCGCUUUGAGGGUGAAGGAGGGGUGAAGAUGCCAGAGGCCUGUGUGCCGAUCUACCGGUGCCAUGCCUCUGCUCCCAUGUGGUUGGAUGGGCCUCACCCCGUCCUGGGAGAUGGAAUUGUCAGCCGUACAGCCUGUGCUAACUGGAAUGAAAAUUGCUGCUUCUGGAAUACCGAGGUCCAGGUGAAGGCCUGCUUGGAAGAAUCAGAAAGUUAUUAUGUGUACAGGUUACAGGGUACCCCUGAAUGCAGCCUGAGAUACUGCACAGAACCCUCCCCUCCAACCCCCCCUCCACAAAUGCCAUGUGAGACCACUUGUCGUUCUGUGGAGGAGUGUGUGCUGGAAGAUGGCAACUGGACCUGUGUCUGCAAUCAGGGCCUCAAUGUUUCUGAUACUCAGAGUUUGCAGCCCCAGCUGGACUGUGGACCUGAUGAGAUCAAGGUGAAGCUGGACAAGUGUUUAUUGGGAGGUCUGGGUUUUGAGGAGAACAUUGUUGCCUACCUGAAUGACCGGAAUUGCAGCAGAAUCAUGCAAAACGAGCCCAACAACUGGGUGUCCACAACCAGCCCUGUUGUUGCUAGUGACUGUGGGAACAUUCUGGAGAACAAUGGGACCCAUGCCAUCUACAGAAACACCCUCUCCUUGGCCACUGAUUUCAUUAUCAGGGACUUCAUCGUCAAUGUCAACUUCCAGUGCACCUACCCACUGGACAUGAAGAUCAGCCUCCAAACUGCACUCCAGCCUAUUGUAAGUUCCUUGAACAUUGAUGUGGGUGGGGCAGGAGAGUUCACUGUCAGAAUGGCCCUCUUCCAAGACCAGAGCUACACACACCCUUAUGAAGGGGCCAAAGUGGUGCUUCCAGUAGAGUCUAUGCUCUAUGUGGGUGCCAUCUUGGAGACAGGAGAUACCUCCAAGUUUAAGCUGUUGCUGAGGAACUGCUAUGCCACACCCACAGAAGACAAGGAUGACCCCUUAAAGUACUUCAUCAUCAGAGACAGCUGCCCAAAUCAACGUGACUCCACCAUCCAUGUGGAGGAGAAUGGGGUGUCCUUGCAAAGCCGAUUCUCAGUACAGAUGUUCAUGUUUGCUGGAAAUUAUGACCUAGUGUUCCUGCAUUGUGAGGUUCACCUGUGUGACCCCACUAAAGAACAGUGCGAAAAAUCUUGUUCUACAAGCCAACUCCGCAGCAAUGGGCCAGGCAUCAACCUAGCUCAGGUUCUAGAUUUAGGACCCAUCACUAAGAGAGGUGCUCAGACUCUUGAUACCUCCAGUGGGACUCCCAGCACUGCAGGGUUCUUGAUGGUCUGGCUCACGCUCUUCCUGCCUGUCUUCCUGACUUGGCUGUUCUGA